GAGUCCUCCUUCCUCAAAACGAAAAAGAAAAAAAAUCUGUUUUUCCUCGCCUCUUCCAGAAAGGGUUUAGUACCUUAAACCCCAAUCCUAUGGCUCUCAGAUCGGCGGCGGCGUCGGCUCCUCGGAGUUUGAGGAAACUCAUUACACGUACCUCAACUCGUACUCUACCGAUAAUCUCCCAGGCUAUUCAUGAUUGGGAGAAACCGGAGCCCAGCACCAUUACUUUCCUUUCUGGCCGCCUGUUCUCCAGCGCUUCUACUUCUAGUUUCAUUCCUCCGCCGCUCCCUCCCUCGGCUCAGCAGCGUGAGGUGGCUGAGCCCAGUACUAACCUUUUCGUUUCCGGCCUCAGUAAACGCACUACCACUGAAAAACUUCAUGAAGCCUUUGCGAAGUUUGGAGAAGUUGCUCAUGCAAGAGUUGUAACUGAUCGAGUGACUGGAUAUUCUAAAGGAUUUGGCUUUGUUAAAUAUGCCACUUUGGAGGAUGCUGCUAAAGGCAUAGAGGGCAUGGAUGGCAAGUUCCUGGAUGGUUGGGUUAUAUUUGCUGAGUAUGCAAGGCCAAGACCACCUCCUGAGAACAACAAUGGUUUUGCCCCAUAUGGCCGUCGAGAUUAACGAUGAAGGAUGCUUCCAUAUCCAUUGAACUCUCUUGAUCUGCAAAAUGGCACUUAACUUUAUAUACAUGAUUUAGGUUAUUUCUUCAUUGGAGGUUCGUUGUUCUCUUCCGUUGCUGAUAACUUUUUUGUUCUGCGGAACUGUAGAUUAGCCGCAGGUAUUGAGUUGAGAAUAUCUGAAUUGAGACAGUAGCAUUUUUACAGGUACUACAUGUAUGAUCUACUUUUCAACAUAUUUAGUCAAAACUAUUUUAUUUAUAUAUAUGUUUCGCCAAUAAACAUACUUUGCAUUGCGUAUUUGUUACUGAUAA